UAUUACCACUCAUUUCUUCAUUUUUCUAAUUAAAUCUUCUUCUAUGACUGAUAAUGUUUUAAUUGAUGAUUUAUUCAUUAUGUAUCUUCGUAGACAAGGUUGCAAGCUCAGGCAGCAGGAGUUCCUUACCAAGGUCUAUCUAUGUGGAACGGCGUGUUUUGAAUCGAAUACGAUGUUUCCUGACGUGAAAAACACCAUAGGCACCUGCAGAGAGCAUCAUCUGUGGGAUAGUUUCGCAGGAACGAUCGAUGUAAACCGUGCCUCCCAGUUUACUUCAAAUUUGAACCAAGUGGUCCGAUCAUUUUUGUUGUUUCCCUUGUCCAUUCCCGCUGACUGGAAUGCUCCACGUCUACCAUCAAUUCUUGCCUUGAAUUUUCAUGGCAGCAAUUAUAUCGUACAAUCUGCGUGGACUGUCAUAUGGCCAACUUUCCAUUUCUUUAUUUCAUUUAUGUGAAAUAUUCAAUUAAUUCCAUGAUUUAUCUGGGGUAA